GCUCCGGAGCGGGGAUGAUUUUGGGGAGGGUCGGGGGAGAGGAUGCAAUGAGGCUCCCCCGGAGUGGGUGAUUUUUUUGCAGCCUGCCUCCUCCUCCUCCUCCUCCAGCCUCUCCCCCCCCCGCACCCCGGGUUUGGCUGCCUCGCUUCCCAGUUGCUGCAUGAAGGCUGUGCUUGUGGCGGCGGGUGCCCGCUCCCGGAGCCGCGCACCCGCCGCGGCGGCCGCGGCCGGGGGGGAGCCCGGGGCCAACGAACGGGGGGAGCACCGAUUUUUUUUUUUUUAUUACUAUUUAUUUUUUUAUUAUUUUUUAUUUAUUUUUUUUUUUUACCUGUCACGUUCGUCCUAGAAAAAUAAAAAAAUAAAAAAAAAAAGGGGGCAGGGGCGCGGGAGCCCGAGGCAUCCCCGGCACGGGGGAGUGCGUGUGUGUGCGCGGGGGGCGCCCCGCCGCCCCGCCGUCCCCCGCCGCACCGCAGCGUGCGGGCAGCGAGCGCGAUGCGCCCCGCGCUCGGCUCUGCGGAAUAGCGCGGCCGCCGCUCGCCCUCCGCGGGCUUGGGGCGCACGGACCCGACCGCUGGCCAUCCCCUAUUGAUGUCCAUGAAUGCAAACACCAUGAUUUUCAUGAUCCUGGGCGCCUCUAUCGUUAUGAGUUGACCAGAUGCCUUGGUUGUGGGCUCUUACAGGCAAUAGCUUGCUUGAUGGACAUGAAUGCGUUGUUGGACAGAUUUCACAAUUACAUCUUACCGCAUCUGAGAGGGGAAGACCGAGUUUGUCACUGCAACUGUGGAAGGCAUCAUGUCCACUACGUUAUCCCGUACGACGGGGACCAGUCGGUGGUGGAUUCCUCGGAGAAUUACUUUGUGACUGACAAUGUAACCAAGCAGGAGAUUGACCUGAUGCUGGGACUUUUGCUGGGCUUUUGUAUAAGCUGGUUUCUGGUGUGGAUGGACGGGGUUCUCCACUACGCGGUGCGAGCCUGGAGAACCAGCCGACGGUAUGACAACUCCUGGUCUUGGAUUCCCAAAUUUUGUAACUUGAAGGAGUUCAGGAAACGUCACCACAGGCAGUACGAGGAGGCGACCGGGAACAUGGUGCACAUCAAACAGAAGCUGUACCACAACGGGCACCCCAGCCCGCGGCACCUCUGAGGAAACCUCCCCCCCUUCUGGAGACUGCAGGGAGCUUUUAAAAAAAACAAACAAACAAAAAAGGACUUUGCUCUUCUUCCAGCCGGACCAGCUUCUGGUUUGCUCCUCCGUGGAAGCCCAGCCGAGGACACGAUUUUACUGAUCCAUAGCCCCCGGGACGAGCCACGAUGCACAACUAAAGCCAGUCCUGGAUGCCACGCAGCCAAGACAUUGCACUGUGUUCCACGUUUUAUUGUCAGACUCGUGUACAUAUGUAAAAAAAAAAAAAAAAAAAAAAAAAAGCAGAGGAACUAAAACAAACAAACAACAACAAAAAAAAAAAAAAAAAAGAGAGAGAGAAAGAGAGAAAAGAGAUUUGCAUUAUACUUUCAAGCCCCCACCCCCCCUUGAAUUUUCCCCGGCAUUCCCGGCUGUCCUGCACAUCCAGCUGCCCCGAGGGGAAUGUUGGCCGAGGGGAUGGAGGUGGGACAGCACGAAGAAGAUGCAGAGUGUCUCAUCCAAGAGUUCAAGUCCCCCGUUUCUUUGGUCCUUUGGCUUGGUUUUGCUCUGCCCUGUCCCUUCUGUUGCUAAAAUGGCUUUGGCUGGUCACAGGUUUGGAUGGGCACUGCUGCCAGUGGGUUGGGAAGGCACAGUGUCCCUUUUUGCUUUGGUUCAGGUUUUGGGGAGUCGCUGUGGAGGGAAGGAAAUCCUGGGAAUGUGUAAAUGGUUUGUUGUUUGAGUUGCUGUAUGCACUGAAACCUGCCUUAAGCAAUCCAGGGAAUUUUAGUGCCAGGGGAACGGCCCCGUGAGGUGCCAGCCCGUGGGGCAGGGCUGGCCCUGCCUGGGUCACCCCUCUGGUGGGAUCUUGGUGAUGUCAGUGCUGUUGUUCUGCACUAGAGCUGGAGGGGAGGGAGGGAGGGAGGAGUGGAUGGUGUUGGAUCUGACUUUGCACCCCCAUCAUACCCCUCUGCUCAUAAACACCCCCCACCCCUUCCCUGGGAGCAAAGGAGCUGCUCUCCCCCUCUUUUGGAGGGAGAGCCCAAGGCCCUGGUUAAACCACCCCAAAACCACUGGCAGUGCAGUGAGAGGGUCCUGUGAACAGUCUCACUCCCCCUGCACAUGAAAAAACACCUAUUUCUCAUGCUCCUACCCUGAGCUGAAGCAGCAGCAGGUCUGGGCUUGGCUUGAGGGACACAGAGAUGUGGAACCUGAAGCCAAACCCCUCUACAGAGCCAAAUGUCCCACGUUCACAUGGUUGAAUCAAAGCAUGAGGAUGCUCUGAUGUGGUUUUGUCUUUGCUUCCCCCAGUCACAUCUCAGAUGUGGGUUUUAAGGUCUGAGUGUGACCGAGGGUCUGAAACCAUCCUCCACACCCAGAGACCUCCCUCACCUGCUGGCAGAGGUGUCUGAAGGAGCUGAUAAAGCCCCUGUGUGGUGGUGUCUGAUCCCUGCAGUGGCUCCUGUUCUGCUGGUGGGGAGAGAGAGAAUUGAUUGAGAGGAAUAAAGGAGGGAGAUGCCCCAGGAAGUUAAGGUGGUAGCCCCGAAAUCACAUCUCCUUCAUUCACCAUUUUGUAUUGAGUGGGUUUGUGCUCAGAUGGGGAAAACACCCAGGACAAAAGAAGAUGAAUAUUGGCAGAAACUGCUGGUUUAUUCCAUGGAUUCCCUGGCACUGGCAGUGGCCUCCUGUUGUUUGAUGGCAAUAUCUGUGGAGGGAGAAGGACACCAUCACUCCAGCUCUUUCCUCCCUGCUUCAGCUUCUGUGUCUUGGGGUUUGUUUUUUUUUAAUUUGUCAUGCCCAGGGUCAGAUCAGUUAACUACAAGCCCCAAGAGCCAAACAUUCCCAUUUCUCUGCCAUUCCUACCUUUGCUAUUCCCUAGAGCCUCUUGUCUUGGAGCCCCAGUUUCUGUCUGGGCCUAAAGAAUUGCCUGGUCCGUACUCAUGUCUGUUUGACUGUCUGUCAUUCCAGUUCCCUGUGGCUGGAAUGUCUGCAGCCACCUGUUGGGAUCUAAGGAAUGACUUUGUCCUCGAGCAGCUCCUUUCCAAGACACAGAGCUCCUUGUGCCAUGGCACACACUGAAGUGGCAGGGAAGAGCAGGUCCUGUGUUAUUAACAUGCCUUUAGGUGGGACAACAUUUGGUAGGGGAGAAAAUUCCAUCAUGGUAAGGAGAAUAUCUCUGGAACUAGUUAUGGGGGGGGAAAAAAGCACUUUAAAUAAUCUUUCCACUUGGAGCCUCUCAAGAGAGAGACUUAAGGCAGUGACUUAGACUGAAUAUAAAGCCUGGUUCUGCCCUGCUCUAGCAGCUGACCUUGGUUGAAACAUCAUUAAAUAUGGGACAGCUGGAAAGAGUGAAGUGAUGGCUCUCACUCAUUAAGUCUGAUCUGUCUGAUCCACAGCAAAAUUUCAGAAGAGCUUGAGGCUCUGGAAGAAGGAGGAAAAAAAAAAUCCCACACAAUACAUAAUCCCAUUAUUUAAGAACAGAAUUUUUUUUUUUAUUUGGGCCUGUAGCUCUCACCUCAUGAGCCUCUCUUUUGUUCACACAGUCAAAAAAAAAAAUAAAUCAAAGAUAAUCUCAGUGCAAUUAAAUUUACUGGGAGUUAUUUACUGGUCUUAAAUGCACAGAAACCAGACAUGUCCCAGCACAAACUAAACAAGUGGGGAGCUUACAAGAUCUUUGAUUUUCAUCCUUAAUAAACAUGGAGUAAAAUUCCUUCCCAUGCAGGGAGGGAAUUUUACUCCUGAGCCACAAGAUCUGCUGCAUCUUCUGUGCAGGGGUGGUUUCAAACAGCUGAGCAGCUCCUGGUGUGAGGUGGGUUUUCCUCUGAGUCCUGGAAGCUGCUGUAGAUUCCAGCCUGUGGAGCAGAGAUGGGAAUGUGCCUGUUUUGGGGCUGGAUAACCUCCCAUAGAAUCCAUCCUAUGGAGCAGAGAUGGGAAUGUGCCUGUUGUGGGGCUGGAUAACCUCCCAUAGAAUCCAUCCUAUGGAGCAGAGAUGGGAAUGUGCCUGUUGUGGGGCUGGAUAACCUCCCAUAGAAUCCAUCCUAUGGAGCAGAGAUGGGAAUGUGCCUGUUGUGGGGCUGGAUAACCUCCCAUAGAAUCCAUCCUAUGGAGCAGAGAUGGGAAUGUGCCUGUUGUGGGGCUGGAUAAGGUCCCUCACAGAUCAGGCUGCAGCGGUGAGAACCCCCUGCACAGGAACAGCUCAGUCCCAUGGGAUAUUUAAUGUCCAAAAAAAAAGAUAGACAAGGGCUGUUUCCCACAGCCACGUGUCUGCCAUGUCCCCUCUCCGUGACAAAGCCCCCAGAGAAGCAGAAGGUGAGGAAGGUUUUUGGGUAUCGUGGAACUCUGGCACCGUCACUGCCCUGCAGCCCCUGCUCUCCCUGCCUGCCACCAUCACUGCUGCCCCUGUGCCACCCUCUCAGCUGAUCCUGCUCCAGGGGGAGUCUUCCCAGCCCUGUCUGAUGUGUGCUCUCUAGUCCCUCUGUCCCCGUGAGGUCGCUGCUCUUGCUGUCAGCUCAGUUGUCCGUGGUCCUGCUGUUCCUCUGUGCAUGUGUCUGUUUUGCUUCUCUCUGCUGUGGGGGUGUUUUCUCCUCGUUUAAUUGUCCCAGAUGUACUAGUGUUGACUUGUUUGUUGUUCUCUUGCCUCUGAUCCAGUCUUCACACACACACACACACAAUAACAAACCAAAAAACCAACCACAGAUGGAAAUAACAACAACAACAACAAAAACACCCAAACCCAGCGACAACCCCAGGCAAAAAGGGUUCGGUUGGGAGCAAGUGACUUCAGCAUCAGGGAGUUGACAAAACAAGGGCAGGAGGGGAGAAAAGGGGGUGCAGAGCUGGCAGCUGUGCCUGUGGUGGCAACUCUGUGGGACAUGGGAAUGGGAUCUGCAGGACAGGGGAGUGGGAAGUGUGGGCCACUCUCAGCACUCGCCCGCCAGAUGCUUCGAGGGAGGCUCUGAUGGUGGUGGUGGUGGUGGGGUUUGUGGGCUAUUUUUAGAGCAGAGGCAGAGCUUAAAACUGUGCAUGUCGAUCCUCCAGAGCUGGGAUUGGCACUGGGAAUGUUCUCCUGCGUUUUUGGUGUGAGGAGCCCAGAUCUGACUGCCUGCACACCCCAUGGGUGUUGGGAGCUGCUGCAAAGGGGAGGAGUGGAAAGACAGGUGGAGAAAAGCAGGGGAUUGAGAAAUCCAUUGCAUCAACCAGGAGCUCCUUUUUAAAAUCAAAUCCUGUCCUCAGUACCAGCACUGCUGAAUAAACCCCUUCUGCCCAUAAAAACAACAAGAAGGACCCUUCCUCUUUGAGGAACAGUUUGGGAAGGCGUCUCCUGUGAUUCCAUCCAUCCAUCCAUCCAUCCAUCCAUCUGUCCACUGUGCCCUCUUACUGCUCAGCCAGCCCUUGAGCCAGCCAGGGACACAUCAACUGGUCCAUCCUGGCUGAAGUACCUGGCAGCACUUUAUCCAUAAUCAGGCAAAGACCAGGAGGGAGCCCGGAACGUGUGUCCCAGGCAUUGACAGCAGGGUGGGGUGGUUUUAGUUACUCUCACUGCUAUUCUACCUCAUUUUCUGGUUGUGCUCAGCUGGGAGAAGAGAAUCCCUGAUCAAAAGGGGUAUUAAACACAGCCACUAAGGUGAUUAAGGGACUGGAGCAUCCCUUCUGUGAGGGAAGGCUGGGAAAGCUGGGGCUGUUCAGCCUGGGGAAGAGAAGGUACAUAAAUACCUGGAGGGAGGGUGCAAAGAAGGCAGAGCCAGGGUUUUUAAGUGGUGCACCAGAGGCAGAGGGCAAAAAAUGAAACAUGGGGGGAUCUACUUGAACAUCAUGAAUCUCUUUUUUUACUGGGAGGGUGGCUGAGCACUGGGACAAGUUGCCAGAGAAGAUGUGGAGUCUCUGUCCUUGGAGACAGUCAAAAGCCAGCUGGAGGUGGUUCUCAGGCAGCCUGCUCUGGGGGGCUGUGCUUGAGCAGGAGAAUUGGACUAAAUGAAUUCCAGAGGUCCCUUCCAGACCAAACCAUUCUGUGAAAAAAAAAAAGCCAUGCAAGAGGUGCCAGGUGAGCUGGGGCUGAAGAGAAAGCCCUGACCCACGGUCAUUCCCCAGCUUGGGAGAAAGCACAUGGUGAAAAGAGAGGCGGAUGUUCACCUUCCAGAGUGCCCUGCAGGAGGUGGAGGUUGGCAGGGGAUCAGUGGCACAGGGAGCUCAGUCUCAUUCCAGAUCUCACCCCAGCAGCAUUUAAUAUUCAGUGUGGCAGUGAUGGAGGGUGUGGGUGAUGAAGUUCUCUUCUGGAUUCAGGAGGCUUUGAAGGCACAAACAGCCAACAGAAAAUCCCAGAGCACCUCUGGCUGGGAAAGAACAGAAGUACUUCCAUCACUAGAGUGUGUGGUACAAGCAGACACUCGGAUCAAUUGUUUUCCACCUUGGAUACAUUGGUGGGACAGAUCUGUGCUUCAGUGAGAGGCAACAGGAUGUAGGGCAGGGAAUGGACAGGGCAGGGACGCAGGAUUGCUGGUUCUAUCCUAGGAUGGAGUAGAUGAGGUGUCCUCUCAGCCCAGCUCACUGGGCUGCCCAGGAGAACGUGAAGCUGCAAGUGAAUUUAGUGAAAAAAAUUUUAAAAAGCCAAGUCUACGAUCUUUCUGCAGGGGGCUGUUGGGCAAAGAAGGAAGCAGAGGAGUGGGAAAGCGUGGCAGGUGUGAGGAGGAGCUGGGCUGCCAGUCUGCUGGAUCCUGGUGGGCCCCCAGGAUCCUGCUCCGGGACGUGUGUCCGUGCGUGUCCGUGCGCUCACCGCCGUGUGUCCUCACGUGUUCACUGCAUGAGCCUGUUCCUCCUCUAGUGCCUCCCUCCCAUUUCACUCAUUUCUUUUCCAAAGGGGUUGCCAGCUUGAGUCCCCACUCAGAGCUGAGCCCUGGGGUUCCCAGGAGGGGUGACCCCAGGGUGGCUCAGCCCCCAGCUCACACUGACCAAGGCAGGGGAAGCCCUUGCAGGGCAGAGCACUCAGCCCAGGCAGAUUUUUUCCACUGGUGCUCUGCACCAAGAACACGAGAACGAAGCUUGGAGUGCUGUUUUCCCUGAUUGUUAAUCCUUCUUUUCUUUAUUUCUGCACCCAAACCAGUUUUGCAUGCACCAGGCAGGGAGAGGCACAGCACAUGUCGAGACUAAGAGAGAGAGAUUAUACUCUGCUCCGAGUCUGAUCACAGAAUAAUCUCUACUGUGGUUGAAAAGCAAUAAUGGCUAAUUUUUUAAAUUCAAUAUUCUUGCACAGGCAGAUGUCACCCAAGGGUUUGUGCUCUCCAGUGGCUGUGCUGGAGGGGUGACAACCUGUGCUGAGGGAGCAGCUGAAGGCGCAGAGAGAGCUUGGGGUGGGGGAGGCAAUAGAAAAAGCACACUGUGAUUUUAUUUGGGUCAACGAGUGAGUGUAUUUCAGCCAUUCCUUCCCUUUCAAUAAGAUGUUUGUAUAUAACCAGUUCAGCUCCUGGAACUAAGCCCGUCCUUUGCUGUUUGUCAGUAAAAUAGUUUUUUGCA